CUAGUUUGUAAUUUUCGGUUGCUCCUUUCGCAACAUGAUCAUGGACAAUCAGAAAACGACCAGCAAAACAACGCUUCUCAAACUGAUGUUGAUGCGAGCCUGGAAGGAGCGCUGGACCGACUGCCAGUGGGGAAUCAACGUAAAAACGGUCCUGACACGUGGCGUGAGUGGCGACGUCUACAAUUUGGCAGAUUGUAUCCUGCAACAAGCGGUAGUCGGCUCCGGGGCCAAUACACUAUUUCUGUCCUACCUCAAACACUCGCUGUGUGCCCACCUGAUCUCGCACGCGGCCGUCCUCAAGCGCAUCUCCAAGUACGAACACUUCGAGAUGCAUCACUGCCUGAUCGCCUUGCUGGAGUUCCUGGAAUCGAUCAUCGUUGGAGUGACGUGCCGUGGCAAGCAGGAGGAGGGGCUGCUCACCAAAGCCAUGCUUUCGCUGGUCUAUUGGUUGAUGCAGAUCUACGAGAAUGCUAUUGAGAGUUACAGUGAGCAUCGCUCGCUGACCACCGAGCAGCAGCAGGUGGUGGAAAAGAUGGUCAAUGUGUUGGAGAAAAUCGUACAAAGUCAGUUUCUGGUGGGUGUUGUUUACGUGGGCAAGUUCGAGGAUCCGGAUUUGUUUGUCAUGCUGAAGAAAAAGUGCCACCGCAUCGAUAACCUGACGGCCUCGUCCGGAUUCGUUCCGCCGGUGGGCAGCCAGAAGAAUGUGACGGUGAAUGACUACAUCCGGAAGGUGGGUUGCAUCGAUGCGGACACUUUGGACAUGAAGGCAUUCGAUGGAAGGGGUGUGGAGCCGAUUACGUACUGUUUGCAGCCGUUGAUUGCGAUCGACAUUCUGUUCAAUCCCAACUGCGACACCCAGACCUACGUUUCGGAGUUUCUGUCGAUACAAACUCUGAAGGGCUAUUCGCUAUCGAGGCUGUACUGUGAGAUCAUUCGUGCUUGUUUGACCUGUUUGAACAACGUCAGCGGGACGAGCAGGGAGUCGUACAUUUGUGCGUUUACUUUCAUAAAGGUGCCGCAGAUUUUGAGGCAAAUCCACCUGCAGUCACGGUUGCUGAAUCCGAGCGACUUCGAAGACGCCAAGCUCGAUUACUCACCGGAGGUCGUUGAAGCAUUCGAGCUGUUGCUGCAGGAUUCGCCCAUCUUGGACUUUAUGGAUGCGAAGUGUGCUUGCAAUACGGUGGAAUGUUUGCUGAAUGAGAUGCUCAAGCACCAUCUGAUCAAUGAGAAAUACUCGGAGAUGAUUGCUGCCAAGAGAGAUAUGAUAACCAGCGGAAUGCAAAAGCUGGAUUUGAAUACCAGCCAGCACUCGAUUGUGAAGUUUGUGUUCCGCGCGGAACCCCCGUUGGUUGGGAUUCUGAAGACGUUGAGCUCCGAUUACAACAAGGUACAGGAAGCGCUGCUCGGAAUGCUCUGCCAGGUAUUGUCUGGUAACAGCUUCGAGCUAAUCCUAUCGGUGGCCACCGUUGAGGGCAAGCUGAAAACCUUCGUCUCCGGAUUGAUCAAAUGCAACGAAAGCUCCAAACAGGUGCCGGGAGAAAUGGGCAAACCGGCAAUGACUCGGGCGGCUCUGUUCGACGUGUCCUUCCUGAUGUUGGUCUUCAUCGUACAGAACUACGGGUCGGAUGUCGUGCUCUCCGAUGGCAAUGAUUCGUUCUUCGAAAAAUGGGUUCGCGAGUGUAUGGUCGAGAAGCACAAGUCCAAAUCGCCGAUGAAUAUGGUCAAGCUGUGCGAUCAGAACAAGGUCGACGAGCUGAUCGUGAGCCUCAACUCACCGGACGGCUUGAAGGCGACUUCGCUCAAGUGGCAGGAGAUUUGCGCCAACAUCCCCGGAUUGCUCUAUCAGGUGCUGCUCGCAUGGGAGAACGAAACGCUUUCCACGGGAGAGAUCAAAAAGUUCCUGGACAGUCUGAAGGCGCGGUUCUGUUGCUUCUCGAUUUGUGCCGCUUCGUGGCUGUGCGCUUAUAUGCAAAUUAUCCGCCAGGACGAGCUGCUCAAGCCGAUGAAUAUGAUACAGCAAUUUUUGACCAACGUUAGCCCGGAGGACAUGAUGCAGCAGGAGUACUUAAAGGAGCGGCUGGGGCUGACGGUGCAAAUCAUCCGGAAGAUGCAGCAGGAUUUCCAACGUUUGCCGGUGACUAGUCCCAAGAUGAGGACGCAGCUGCAGUCGCAGAGUCUGAUUUCGCAGGCUCCACUGGAGGAACAGUUCGAGGAAGUGUGGAAGGGAUUGCUCGAGAGGGGCUGGCUACCGAUCGAUGCAACGUUGGUCUUGGAGAACUUGCUGCAAUCGUGCGGACCGUUCUGGUUGGUGGAUAAACUAGUUCAGCAGAUAUUCCACUGCAAAUAUAUUAGGGAGAUGAACAAAACCAUGGACAUCGUUUUCGCCAUUAUGCAUCUGGAUAUGGAACGUUGUACGAUCGCGCUUCUCUCGCAGCUGGUUCCGAUGAUGCUGCUGAACAAGCUACAAAUCUCCGAAAUCGUCGAUCCCUUCUCGCGGGUGUUCGCCAAGCUGUGCGUCUACUGCAUCAUUGCCACCAUGGAAGCACCGGUCACACCCACCAAGAAACGUUCCCGCACGGCAAUCGCCACCGAAGGCGACGAGUUGGACGCCCUCUGCUCGACGCCAAAGAUGCGCAAAAUCGGUUCCGAGUCGUGCGACUCCAGCUCCAGCGACUUCAUACUGGAACAUGCCCUGGCCGCACGGGAAGGUGCUUCCAACCUGAAGGAACCCCUCCAAGGCUGCCUGCAGGCGUUGUUCCGGACUUUUUCACAGUACAUCGUAUCGGACGAACUGUCGCCGAAGAUCUUCUUCAUGUUUCAGUUCCUCUCGCUGCUGGUGGAGGUGGGAAAGGACCGGAUCAAGCCAGUCCUCAAGCUGAUUCCGAACGGGCUGAUUCAGAACAUGAUGAAGAUCAACGCCACGGACGAUAUGACCGUUGGAUUUAUUCUGAGGUUGUACGAUCUGAACACCGCUUCCGGCAGGCAAUUUGCCAUGUCGGAUCUGUGUCUGUUCCGGAACAUCCAGAUGCGUAAGGAUAGUAUUAAACUGUAAGUAGCUGUAAGACUAUGUUUAUUCGGAUUUUCGUUCUUCUACGUAUUACGACAGGUGAUUCCUUCCUCGAGAAGGGAAUCUAAUAAAACAAUUACUUUUAUUCGAUUGACAAGUACCUA